AUGACAGGCCGUCAAAAUGAAUACUUUAUCCCGGGUGAUGGAAUCAGCCGAGAGGUGAUUCAAGCAGAUAUUUGUCGCUACCUUGGAAAUGAUGCCCUUGUGCGACCUGGUAGUCAUGGUGGCCGCCAGGGAUUCUUCAUCCGUGCCUAUCGGAAUUUGACAUCAGAAAUGAUUGCUGAUAUCAAGGCUGACUCCGCUCGCUGGGAGGCGGAUGUCUCUCGCCGGGCUGAUCUAGGCUAUCCGAGAGGUAGUUAUAUUCAAGACAUGAAUAUGUCACAUGCCCCUAACACUGGACCAGCGAACUAUGCCAGUUCGACCGUACAUGAGGUUCGUCAACAACAGCAACAGCAACAACAACAACAGGGGCCUUCCCCUACCACAUUUAGUGCAGCCCCUGCUCAAACCUACAUGGACCCGUAUUCCCAAGGCUCUUAUGCUGGAUCCCAAAAUGCUCCCUACAACCAACCUCCUUCAUCUUACAGCUCCACACAUUCGCCCUACAGCUCAGGACAAGCUCCCUACCCCCCGCCUCAGGUCUCCUAUUCUGGCCCCUCCCAGCCUGUCGUGACAGCUGCUGACAUGCACCCUUCCUCAUACACCUAUUCACCUGGCUAUGGAUACGAGGGUGGCCGAAAUGCCCCCAGGUACCCAGGACCCGGUUAUGAUGACCAACCGGAUUACUCUCCCCAAACCACCGGGAUGGCAUAUCCUACCACUACUGCCCCAGAUCCCCGGAUAGGAAUGGAGCCGAGGUACACCCCGGAAUACGAGCGCAGUAGGCCGCAACCCACAAGAGAACGGGAUCCGCACCGCCGGCGAUAA